GAUUGUAAUAUUGGUGAUAAAGAAACGAAAAUAUUGUCGGAGGCACUUUAUGAGAAUACAACUUUAUCUACCCUAUGUCUUCACGAAAAUAGAAUAGGCAAGUACGGAGUAGAAGAACUUGUAAAGUAUUAG